ACCACUCAACUACAUAGCACGAAAAUAACCACAGAGAAAUUAAAAUGGCACAUAUUAGAAUAUCAUGGCUCCUAAUUAUAACUCAAAUUUUCUUGUUAUUACUAGCUAAAACAAAUGCCAAAAUUCCGGCAAUUAUUGUUUUCGGCGAUUCAUCGGUCGAUUCGGGUAAUAACAACUAUAUUCAGACAAUUGCGAAGAGUGAUUUUAUGCCAUAUGGUAGAGAUUUUGCCGGUGGUCGGCCGACAGGUCGGUUUUCUAAUGGAAGAAUUACAACUGAUUUUAUUUCGGAAGCUGCUGGUUUAAAACCAACAGUUCCAGCAUAUUUGGAUCCAGCUUAUAAUAUUUCUGAUUUUGCUGUUGGAGUUAGUUUUGCCUCUGCUGGAACUGGAUAUGAUAAUGCCACUGCUGAUGUUCUCGGGGUCAUACCCUUAUGGAAAGAAUUGGAGUAUUACAAAGAAUAUCAAAAGAAACUAAGGACUUAUCUUGGCGAUGCAAAGGCAAACGAAGUAAUAAGUGAGGCGUUAUAUGCCUCAAGUCUUGGAACAAAUGACUUCCUUGAAAACUACUACACAAUGCCUCAAAGAAGAUCUCAAUACACUGUGGAUCAAUACCAAAGUUUCCUAAUUGGAAUAGCCAAGAAUUUUGUAACCAAUUUGUAUAAUCUUGGAGCAAGAAAGAUAUCACUAGGUGGACUUCCUCCAAUGGGUUGUAUGCCAUUAGAAAGAACAUCAAAUAUGGCAAAUGGGAAUGAAUGUUUGGAGAGUUACAACGUUGUGUCUAUGAAUUUUAAUGAUAAGUUGAGUGAUUUGGUAAUUGAGCUAAACAAAGAGCUUUCUGGGAUUCAAGUUGUUCUCUCUAAUCCUUACAACAUUAUGCUACAAAUGAUUAAAAAGCCUUCCUUAUAUGGUACGUCUUUCCCCUUUUUUUCCUUUAGUUAA